AUGGAUCAUUCCGGGCUGCACUCUAUCCUCGCGCCGCCCAGGGACAGCUGUCAACUGGUCUUCGAGCGUAUUGCCUGGCAGCUAGAUCAACCGUCCCUAAAGCGAUCGCAAACUAAAGCCCUAGAGGACCUUGCAGUUCAGGUCCGACGAGUCUGGCUCGGUGAUCAGCACCUACGCCGAACACGCGAAUACAACGAGCAACUGUUGAGACAAUGCAAACUCGCUGGGCCUCAUGCUCUUUCCGCCAUAGACGAGUAUGCGAAAGCUACGGGAGACACGAUACAGUCUCUCGAAACCUACCUGGCCAGAAAUCCACCGGGCAUAUCAGCGAAAGGUUCCUUGUUUCGACGGGUGUCUGCGACGCUCAGGAUGGGUAAGGAGGCCAGCACGCUCGUUACAUUCACGGAGCAGUUGAGAGCGUUUGCAGAUGGUCUGAGUGUCUGCCUCUGUUGCCUUAACCUAUGGCUGGAUGUCGAGCAGGAAGCCACCGCGCGUGUAAUAGGGUGCUCGAUAGCUGCCCUCGGCAAAUAUAUCGAAAUAUUCAAAGCGCCCUCUGCAUCGGCGCGCAGAUCGAGCAGAUCUACCGAGGAGCCAUCUAACGGAAUCGGGCCGCACAAGGCACUCCUAGACAUGGCAACCGCAACGCUUCACGACCUUGGAACCGCCCACCCAUCCGCCGCCGACAUUUCACAGACGACGCCAGAGGUUGCAGACCCUCAUUGGCGAACACACGUCUUUCAGGCAUCAUAUUCGGGGGAUCCGCAGGGUGUAUUCACUGCUCUCAAACAGGGCAUUAAUCCAAAUACUCGUGGACCGGAAGGGUUCACCCUACUUCACGUGGCAGCGGAGCUCAAUAAUAUCGCGCUCGCUCGCGUCCUCAUCGAGCUCGGCGCAGAUACUUCUGUGGUUGCGCAGGGCCAACUGCCUAUUCUCCUAGCGACGCUGAAAGGCCAUGACGCGCUGGUCAGGUUUCUUCUGGACAGCGGAGUCGACGUCAACUCUACAUCCCCCGACCCGGCAAACACCGUACUAUUUGCCGCCUGCAGCACGGGCAAUUUCGAACUCGUCCGGUAUUUGGUGGCGGAGAAAGCCGCAGAGCUCUCUAUCCCGAACAGCAGCGGUGAUACUCCGUUAACCAAGGCUGCCGCCAUGGGCCAUGCAGAGAUUGUCAUGUUCCUGAUAGAUCGGGGUGCCCCUCAGGUAGCCAACAAUGAGGGGGCUUUCCCCAUCCACCUGGCCGCCGUCCAUGACAGAAGAGAGGUUUUGACGGGCCUGCUUCAGCACGGGGUUGACCCCAAUACUCUAACACGCACGGAUGCCGCCAAAAGAAGAACGCCAUUGUUGUUAGCCGCAGCGAUGGGCCAAACGGCCACAGUCGAGAUCCUAGCCCGUCAUGGCGGGGACGUUGAUUUACCGGAUGUACAUGGACAGACUCCGCUAUACAUGGCAGUGUAUCAGGGUCACACGGAAACCGUUAAGAAGCUUGUAGAGCUCGCUGCUGAUGUGUCUCUUGCCAAGGAAGAUAAUAUCUCGCCGAUUCAGCUUGCCGCAGCCAAGGGACUCGCUCAGAUUGUCAGGAUCUUGCUGGACCAUGGUGCUGACCCGAGUCUUGCUGGUGUCAAUGACGUUACUCCGCUCAUUGACGCGUGCUUCGGAGGUCAUUACGAAGUGGUAAAGAUUCUACUUGAAGCCGGUGCCGAAGUCGAUAGCCAAGACAGCGCUGGAUGGACAGCAGCGGCCAAAGCAGCGACGGGCGGGAACCUGGAUAUCAUAAAGGCAUUGGUCGAAAACGGCGCGGACCUAGCCGUAUCGGACAACAAUGGCUUUACACCACUCCACAAGGCUGCUUCUCUCGGUCGCAAGGAGAUUGUAACAUACUUGGUGAAACAAGCCGGAGUGGAUAUACACGCGCGUUCAGUCAGCGGCAUAACGGCCUUGUACGCGGCGGCUGCGGAGGGGUAUGCAGAAACGGUCGAGGUGCUACUGGAUGCGGGUGCAAAGCAUACCGACACAUUUGAGGGGAUGUCGCCGUUACAUAUUGCUGCGAGCGAGGGGUACACCGAUGUAGUGAAGACGCUCUUGCGCAGGGGAGUGGACACUUCGGCGCUUAAUAGUGAGGGUGCAACGCCCGCUGAGUGGGCCAGGAGAUUCGGCUAUGGGGAGAUUGCAGGUAUUAUUGAGAGUCCUCUGUAA